AUGUUACGACAAUGUGGAUUGUACCGACCAUUUUUUGUGCGGACUACACGUGGGCACUUGAGGAUAUUAAGCGACUCAUUCAAUCGUAGGAAACUCUGGAACUUCAGGGACAACGGCUACGACUUCUCUCCAACUCUCCUCCUUCCUUCACGAUUCCCCCCUCCUUCUUCCUGCAAGGCAGCCGAAAGUCGUUAUCUCAUCUACAAGGAUGCAGUAGUCGACCACUUCAACAUUCUUUUGUCAUCUCUAGAGGGAAGCACCACAAAAACGCCCCUUCGAGAUGCACUAGAGAGCUGCCUGCCUUCUUUUUCCAAUCUGCGUAUGGCAGGACUGAGAAACUAUCACGGUCAUCAGGAGGACGAAACUAAGAGAUUUCCCAGGAUCAUGAGAGGGAUAGGAAGUUUGCGGACACAACUUGGCUUCAAUCUGGUUUAUCCUAGCUCCCUAACCCGGGGUGCUGACAAGUGUGCUCGUACCACCCUCGGUACAACCCACACUCGGAUCGAAAGGCUUGAAACUUCUGGUGGGAUGAUGGUGGAUGAUGAACUAGACCUCACACCAGCGGAAGAAGAAGCCUUGACGCCAAUUCUUCAACGGCUGCAGCACUUGUCUGUUCGCAUUUCCUCAGCCCAUACCCAAGAUAGUGAGCGGCAACACUUACGCGAAGACAAAGAAGAAGUGGCGUUCCUGCUACAGGAAUCAGUGGUCUGGCAAGAAAGGAAAAAUCUCCCCGAAAGAGAGAAGAAGAGACUGCUGCCGCUCUUUGUUCAGGCAGCCCCGAGCUUAGAGAGUCUGGAUCUCACCAUGCAUCUCGCAGGUAUAAAUCCCUCUUUGUUCUGCCGACAGAAAGCCGGCCUUGACCUGACGGACGCACACCUCGACUGGAUCUCACAACAGUUCAAGUUUUCUCGUCUAUCGGUCCUCUCACUGAGCUAA